AUGGCAACGGCUGGUCGCACGGCAGCCAAGGUGCUUGGGAUCAAUCUUGACUACCGGAAAGAGCCCGAGGUUUCUGGCGCAGCAUCCAUCUCGUCUGUCGAGACAUACGUCGAGCACGAACCAACCGCAGGAGAAUGGCUCUCCCAAUUCAAGCCGUCCGCAGGUGGCAUCAAGCGCUAUUUUAGAAGCCUCUUUCCGUUUCUGGACUGGAUCUUUCACUACAACUUGACAUGGCUUUUUGGCGAUGUCGUUGCCGGUGUUACUGUUGGGUUCGUCGUUAUUCCUCAGGGUAUGGCCUACGCUCUAUUGGCAAAGCUACCACCGGAGUACGGUCUCUAUACCAGCUUCGUCGGUUUCAUUCUCUACUGGGCUUUCGCUACUUCCAAGGACAUCACAAUCGGUACUGUGGCCGUGAUGAGCACAAUUGUCGGCAACAUCGUGACCAAAAUUCAGGAAAAAGAUCCAGGAAUUGAUGCCGUGGACAUUGCCAGAGCACUAUCCGUUAUUGCCGGUUCGGUCUUGCUCUUCCUUGGUCUUACUAGGCUUGGACGAAUCGUGGAACUUAUCCCAUUGGUUGCUAUUACGUCUUUCAUGACGGGUGCCGCCAUCUCAAUUGGAGCUGGCCAAGUGCCUACGAUGAUGGGUAUUUCUGGUGUCAACACCCGUGGAGCUACGUACCGUGUAAUCAUCGACACUCUCAAGGGUCUGGGUCGCACAAAGCUCGAUGCUGCCAUGGGACUCAGUGCCCUUGUAAUGCUGUAUUCCAUUCGCUUCGUCUGCAACUUCAUGUCAAGGAAGCAGCCAUCAAAGCAAAAGCUUUGGUUCUUCUUGGGCACACUGCGCAUGGCUUUUGUCAUCUUGCUCUAUAUCAUGAUUAGCUGGCUUGCCAACAAGGACAUCAAAGGUGUCCACAAGAACGUCAAGCUGGCCAAAUUCAAGAUUUUAGGCCAUGUCCCUCGCGGUUUCCAGCACGCCGGUGCUCCUAAGAUGGAUCAGAAGAUUCUCUCAUCCAUUGCUUCGGAUAUUCCGGUAACUAUUAUUGUUUUGAUCCUCGAACACAUUGCCAUUUCAAAAUCGUUUGGUCGCAUCAACAACUAUGUCAUUAACCCAUCGCAAGAACUCGUCGCCGUUGGUUUUACCAAUGUCCUUGGACCAUUUUUGGGUGCGUACCCUGCUACCGGCUCCUUCUCUCGUACCGCCAUCAAGUCGAAAGCCGGUGUUCGUACUCCGUUGGCUGGUAUCUUUACCGCCAUCAUCGUCCUCCUGGCGCUGUACGCUUUGACAGCUAUGUUCUUCUAUAUUCCCUCGGCUACACUAGCAGCCAUCAUUAUUCACGCUGUCGGUGAUCUUAUCACGCCUCCCAACGUCGUUUUCCAGUUUUGGGAAACUUCGCCCCUAGAAGUCAUCAUAUUCUUUGCCGGUGUCUUUGUCACCAUCUUCACCAACAUUGAAAACGGAAUUUACGUCACCAUUGCUGCUUCUUUCGCGCUCUUGCUCUGGCGCCAACUAUUCACACACGGUGCUCUCCUUGGCAGAGUCCAAAUCUACCGCGCAACUCCGGACACAAUCGCCCACAAAGAAGACGGAAACUUCGCACCCAGUUCGGAAACUUCUGUCCGAGAAGCCUUCAUUCCAGUUAAUCGCAAGGACGGGUCCAAUCCGCUCGUAGGCAUUGAAACACCGUACCCUGGUGUGCUCAUCUACCGCUUCACCGAAGGCUUUACAUACCUCAACCAACAAGGAUACAUGGACGAACUCGUGCACCAUGCGCAAACCAUUUCCCGACCCACAACACUGGAUAAAUACACCAAGAUCGGUGACCGGCCCUGGAAUGAUCCUGGCCCACGACGCGGUGAACAAAUCAACUACGACGACAACCGGCCCAUUCUCCGUGCAAUCAUCCUCGAUUUCAGCGCUGUCAACAACGUCGACGUAACCUCGAUCCAGGGUCUUAUUGACGUCCGCGCCCAGCUCGACCGCCACGCCGCACCCGAAACCGUCGAGUGGCAUUUCGCCUCCAUCAACAGCCGCUGGACCAAGCGCGCACUGACAACCGCGGGCUUCGGAUACAUUGACCGUGAGCGCUUUGCUUCACGCCAGCACUGGAAUCCAGUCUACAGCUACGCCCCGCUUGAGACUCCAGAAGUCAAACUGCAUGACCCUGAGGCGCAAGACGAUAUCCACGUUGUGAAUGGCAACAGAAGAUUACCGAAUGGCAAGGUCACGACUGUCCACGGACAGAAUAGACCAUUCUUCCAUAUUGAUGUUGCGGCGGCGGUGGAGAGCGCGAUUGCGGGUAUAGUUGCUAAGCAGCAAGGGAGCUCGGGAAGCCAACCUGAAGUCGGAGAGGCGGAAUUCACGACAAAGCAGGAAUAA